AUGAGAACGGAUUGUCGAGUACGUUACUUCAUGCAAACGCUUUUGUCUGUCGCAGCGAAAAAUCUACCGGUGCAUUGUGUGGUGGAGACGAUUCACAAUAUCGUGGAAAGCCAUGUGAGCAACAGCCGUGAAAAAUGGCGAAGUCCCCAAGUGGAGACAGAUUCUUACGUUAUUAUUCCGGUAGCUAUGCCCUUUCAGGAUUUGGUGGGCGAGGCACUCGUUCGUCUAGGAUACUCCAGCGAUCUGAUACCCAGUGCUAGAGGGAGCAUCGUUAUACGUAACUGGAAGCCUCUGCCAAUGGAGAAAGUUGCCGAUGGACCAUUACUGACAGUAGGAGAUAUUUUAGCCGAAUUGACGUCGGUGGCGACCCUGAAGAUUCAGGUGUACAGGUCCAGGCCGCCACCUCCCAGUCCGGCAGCUGAAGUUAGAAAUAAAUUGCUAAGGUUGCUCUUGUUGCACAGCCACACGCUUCUCGUCUCUGCUGGGUGUCCUUUGGACGAGAUGACCCUGCUAUCCCUCUGCCGAGGCGGCAAUGACUUAUCGGAAGAGACAAAGAGAAAUUUCGAAACGUGGCUGCAGCAACAACAGAUAGGUCUCGGUAUGAACCCAAUAGCACCAACUUCCAAUCACCAUCAUCACACGCAAAGUCCGCAACCCGACAGCGGUGGUACGAUCGCUCCCGGCGGUGGUCCGAUCGGACCGCCGCAUCCGGCACUUCUUCAGUAUUCGCACAAAACCAGGAUGAGAACCAGCUUCGACUCCGAGCUCGAGUUGCCGCGUCUUCAACGUUGGUUUGCUGAGAAUCAACAUCCGUCGCGCGAACAGAUACAGCACUACGUCGCGGAAUUGAAUUCCCUGGAGUCGCGCCGUGGCAGAAAACCGCUGGACGCGAAUAACGUCGUGUACUGGUUCAAGAAUGCCAGAGCAGCACAGAAGAGGGCCAGCAUGAAUGGCUGCAGUCCACCUGGACUUAGCCCGAGAGGCGCCAGCAUCGUCAGCGAAGACUGCACGGACGAAGAAGAGGACACUAGGCAUCAGUCGACAUCAGGGUCACCCUGUCCACCGAACAGUCCGCCUGUCGGUCCCCUGUCCUUGACUACGAGACCCGAGGAUCAGCAGCAGCCGCCGACGUCUACUCCGUCCUCGGUAAAGCAAGAAGAUGCGAGAGUUUCCUCUGGUUCCGAGGACGACGAGACCAGGCAUACAGGCCCUAUUCCGCCAGGAUUUUCCUUGGUACCCAGCCCCAUGUUCGGUCACGGUAUAAUGUACAUGUCACAUUAUUUGCCGCCGCGCGGACCAGCCGGUUGUCCCACCAGCAUGCUGGCCGAUGAGAGAAGGAAGAGGAACCGGACGUUCAUCGAUCCCGUGACGGAAGUGCCGAGAUUAGAGUAUUGGUUCAAGCGGAGCACUCAUCCAAGUCACGCGCUCAUUCUGUCGUACACGGAGGAGCUGAACAAGAUGCCCUAUCGCCAGAAGUUUCCACGUCUGGAGCCGAAGAACGUGCAAUUCUGGUUCAAGAACCGCAGAGCCAAGAAUAAGCGGCUGAAGAUGGCUCUGUUCGAGGGCGAGUCGCCGCAACAGCAUCCAUAUCACGCCGACUAGUUAAUUUCCUUAAAUAACAUUGACUAGAGAAGCGCUAGAGAGGCUUGGCCUUCGCAGCACGGAAAUAAAAGGAAAUCGUUAAUCGACUUGUUACUCCUUACUAUCGUUGACACGCGGUUUUAAACGUUUAACGGCCGCACAUUCAUUGUAAUUAUCACGUAACAAUUAAUAUAAUUAUUAUGGACUUUCAUGAGUGUAAAUACGAGGUGAUGUCAAAUAAAAAGUAUAC